AUGCCGUGGGGCCGGCGGCGCGACCCAGAGGGCCUGUUCAAGAGCGGGCCGCAGGAGGGCCUGAUCAACCGCAAGAUUUUCAUGCAGCAGGCGGCGGGGGACAAGGAUUUCGAGGCCAAGAUGGCGCAGUUUGCGGAGAAGGAGCGGCUCGACCUGCAGAAGAAGCGGGAGGCACGCAAGGUGCCCGAGGUGAUGGAGGACCUGGUGGAGUACUUUUUGGACACCGAGGCUCCUGAGAUGGAGUUUGAGAUUGCGCGGUGCCGCCCCAUGGUCACCCCCGACUUCUUCGCCUACCUGGACAAGCGCAUAGGCCUGGAGCGCUUCUCCACGGUGCCUGACGAGGAGCGGCUGGCGGAGCUGGAGACGCUGCGGGACUACCUCAAGGCGGCUGUCGAGGCGGUGGACACGGCGGCUGCCAGCCUGGCGGCGCCCCAGGAGCGGCUGAAGAAGCUGCUGGAAGCCAAGGACAAGAAGGCGGUGCUGCUGGAGAUGGCGGCCGCCAACGAGAUUGACCGCUCCAUGAUCGACCUGCUGGACCAGAACAUCGAGGGCGCCACAGCUGCCAAACAGGAGCAGGCGGCGGAGUUCAUGCGGAAGGUCAAGCAGGCUGCGCUGCGCUACUUGGUCUGA